AUGGCUACGGACAAUGUCUAUAUUCCCUUCUUCUUAUCGGCCUUCAUAUGGAUUCAACUGAUAACACCCAACAUCUGCGACGGAGCUCUAACCUCAGGCUGCAUCUCUGCCGAAAGAAGUGCUCUACUUGAGUUCAAACGAGGCCUGAAAGAUCCUACCAACAGGCUGUCCUCUUGGGUGGGUGAAGACUGCUGCAAAUGGGAGGGUGUGACUUGCAGCAAUCAUACUGGGCAUGUUGUCAAGCUGGAUCUCCAGAAUCCGUAUCCUUUCUCUGAUUUUGGUGACGAGCCACACAACAACUGGAUCUUAGGAGGUGAGUUGAGGCCUUCUUUACUUGGUCUGAAGCACCUAAAGUACCUGGACCUAAGCACCAACGAUUUUGGAGGCAUUAAUAUUCCAGAAUUCAUGGGGUCAUUCCAUCAGCUCCAAUAUCUCAACCUCUCCAGAGCUGGAUUGGGUGGAGUCCUGCCUCACCAGCUGGGAAAUCUCUCCAAUCUGCAGUAUCUAGACUUGUCCAAUGAUUUGGUUCCCAAUUCUUUUUCUGUGGUUAAGUUCAAUGAAUUUAGCAUCGGCGAUGCACUCUGGAUUUCUCACCUUUCUUCCCUAAAGCAUCUCAACCUGAACAGUGUCAACUUUCAAAAUGGUACUCACUGGAUGGAAGCUCUGAACAUGCUUCCUUCUAUCGUGGAGAUAUACUUAUCUGAAUGUGCAAUCGGACGUGUUCCCCUCUCUCUUCCACAUGUGAACUUUACAUCACUGUCUGUUCUUGAUUUGUCAGAAAAUUUCAUUAACUCUACGAUGCCCUCUUGGUUAUCCAACAUAAGUGGCCUUGAGCACCUUGAUCUCAAUGGGAAUUUCCUUCAGGGUAAUAUUCCACCGACCUUUGGUAACUUGGCUUCCCUCAAGGAACUUAAUUUAGCUUACAAUUCUCUUCAAGGAGGAAUACCCACUUCCUUCAAAAAUUUGUGCAAGCUACAGAAUUUAAUAUUGCCAGGCAUCAAUAUCAACCAAGAUUUGUUAGAACUUGAUGAAAUUUUUUCUGGUUGCAUCAAGAUGAGCCUAGUGAUUCUGGACUUAUCCGGAACGAAUAUUAGUGGGCAGCUGCCUGAAUGGUUAUUCCAACUCAGGAAGCUUAAAUCACUCCAGUUAUCGCAGAAUCUGAUUUCUGGUCCCAUUCCUGUAUCACUUGGACAACUAGCAUCACUCCAGGAGCUCUCUCUUGAACAAAAUCAGUUGAAUGAAACUAUACCAGAAAGUAUGGGGUGGCUAUCUCAGCUAGUUUCGUUGGAACUUGAGCUUAACAUUUUGGAGGGUGUCAUGUCUGAGGCACAUUUUGCAAACCUCACAAAAUUGAAACACUUAUAUUUGUGGUCCAACUCCUUGACUCUGAAGGUCAAGACUGAUUGGCUUCCUCCUUUCCAGCUUGAAUCCCUUCGGAUAGGCUCUUGCAAACUGGGUCCUGAGUUCCCUACAUGGCUCCAAUCGCAAAUAAAUAUUUCAGAAAUUGAUAUGCCUAAUGCUGGUAUUAUUGAUGCUAUGCCAAAUUGGUUUUGGGGCUUAAUUUCCACAGCAGAGUAUGUGAUUAUCUCCGGCAAUCAGAUCAGUGGCCACGUACCCAAUAUAUUGCAUUUAAACAACCUCAGCUGGUUGGAUUUAAGUUCAAACUACUUCGAGGGUCCCCUUCCAUAUUUUCCUCCUAGAUUGGAAUUAUUAGAUCUGUCAAACAAUUCAUUUUCAGGAACAAUUUCACUUACCAUCAUCAUGAAUAUGCCUAACCUCCUAUAUUUAUCGCUUUCCGAAAACAAUUUAAGCGAUGAAAUUCCCUUCUCUGUAUGCCAAUUAUGGACCUUGGAGGCUCUUGAUCUUUCAAAAAAUAUGUUGUCCGGAGAGCUCCCCAAUUGCUGGAAUAAUUCUUCUAGAAUUGACGUUAUGGAUUUUUCAAGCAACAAUAUAUCUGGAGUUAUUCCUGAGUCAAUAUGUUCCAUAUCAACGCUUCGGUCGUUGCAUUUGAGCAAUAAUAGUCUAUCUGGAGAGUUGCCUUUGUCCUUGAAAGAUUGCAAGGAAUUACUCCUUGAUGCCGGACACAAUGAUUUGAAAGAGUUCCUCAAACUGCGAUCAAAUAUGUUGGCCGGAGAUAUUCCUCCAAAUCUUUCAAGAUUAAGUGCUCUUCAAAUGCUCGACCUAGCCAAUAAUGAGCUGUCAGGAAAUAUUCCAAGGAGCUUUGGAAAUUUUACUGCCAUGAAAGUUAUUGGAAGGUUUCCAAGUUUGAUCGCAUAUGCAAUUGAAGAUAAUAACCUAUCUGGAGGAGUACCUGAGGAACUAACAAAUCUUUUGUUCAGCUUAAAUUUAUCUGGAAACCAUUUCACAGAAGAAAUCAUUGAAAAUAUCAGUAAAUUACAACAGUUGGAGUCUCUUGACUUGUCGAGGAAUAACUUUUCUGGCACAAUUCCUUCGAGCCUCGUUGCCCUGACUUCUUUGGCUCACUUGAACCUCUCAUACAACAACUUGUCAGGAGAAAUUCCUCUUGGUAAUCAACUUCUGACAUUCAAUGAUCCAUCUAUCUAUAUUGGCAAUCCUGGUCUUUGUGGGUUUCCUCUGAAUCAAAGUUGCAAAGACAAUGAGACAACACAAGGUCAAAGUAAUGCAGAUGAUAGAGAUGAGAAUGAGAUGAUAUGGUUCUACACGAGCAUGGCACCAGGAUUUGUUGUUGGUUUCUGGGCUGGGGUACCUUAA